AACUUAUGAAUGUAUACAGGCAUUCGUACACAUGCACGGACAUAUACAUGUAGAUGUACGCUGGGAGCUAUAUAGGAUGAGCCGGUGGGAGGCCGAGGUGCGACGUGUCUACAUUCCAAAGGGGGGGUUUCGGUGGAUUUGAGUGUGGAUAUGGCUGAUGCCAUGGGGAGCAGCGCAGACCUGGAAGGUCGUCAAAAUAAUUGCUGCACAGACCAGGGGGGCGAAGAAGGAGGCAUCAAGGAGCAAGAUCGGCUGCUGCCCAUCGCCAACGUGGGGAGGAUCAUGAAGCAAAUCCUUCCCCCCAACGCCAAGAUCUCCAAGGAAGCCAAGGAGACGAUGCAGGAGUGCGUGUCGGAGUUUAUUAGCUUCGUCACGGGGGAGGCCUCGGAUAAGUGCCACAAGGAGAAGCGCAAGACGGUGAACGGUGACGACAUAUGCUGGGCCCUCAGCACGCUGGGGUUCGACGACUACGCCGAGCCGAUGAGGAGGUACUUGCAGAAGUAUCGGGAGAUGGAAGGGGAUAGAGCAGCUUCAGGAAGUCAUGGUAGUAGGGCGAACAGUUUGGAUUCUAGAGACGAAGCAAGAGGUGAGCAGCAGAGAGAUCAAUCAUCUGGAGCUUGCCAAUUCAUGUUUAAUGCCUUGGAGAGGAACGAUGCUUCGACAUCAAGGCGAUUUUAGGAUCGAUCUUCGAGUCUGCAAGUGAUUGAACGAAAACUAGUGUGUGUUGAUGAUGGCAACAAUGAUUAGGGUGGCGGCUGUAGCUGUUGCAGAGAAGAUGAUGGCGCUGGUGAUCAUAUGUAUGCUCUUUUAUUUGUCAUAAGGUCAGAAAUCUUGGAUUUCUGCUUUGCUUGUAAGCGUUGUUGGCUGAAUUCUUGGAUUGCUAUGUUUCUGUGCUAAUCUUUUUUGAUCUCUCUA